AAAUGAAAGCGAAAGAAGUUAACUCAAUGUUAAAACCCUGAGCAGUUUUGGGCGACCCAGCAGUCGCAGCUUCCUAGUUCAGUCAGGAUGGCAGCAUCGGGCUCCUUCCCGCUGCUGGUCGAGGGCUCUUGGGGCCCCGACCCCCCGAAGAACUUGAUCAACAAGUUGCAAAUGUAUUUCCAGAGCCGAAAGAAAUCGGGAGGAGGGGAGUGCGAGGUCGUCCCGGAGCCCGGGAACCCAGCACGCUUCCUGGUGCUCUUCUUCCCGGAGGAUGUUCGGCAGAAUGUUCUGGAGAAAGGGAAUCAUGAGUUAGUGUGGCAAGGAAAAGGAACAUUCAAGUUGACUGUCCAGUUGCCUGCAGAACCAGGGGAAGCCUCAGUUUCUAAGGAGGCAAGGAAGGCAUCUCCAGAAGAGGAGUCCAAGACAAAAGAAGAUGCUGUGAAGCCAGGUGAUUUGGAGACAACACAUUCUCCCAGCGGCAGAUCAGAAAAAACGGAAGAUGUCCUAGAAGAGUGUGAAAAUAUUUCCUCCCUGGUGGCAUUUGAAAACCUGCCUGAGAAGGUAUCAGAGAUGGUGUUGACCUUCCUGGUGGAGAACAUAAGUGGGCUCAGCAGUGAUGACUUUAAGGUGGAAGUGAUCCGAGAUUUCGCCAUUGCCGUGGUGACCUUUCAGAAGCCUAUAGAUACCAAAAAAUUUAUUGUUGAUUGUGUCAGCCACCGCUCAAAUCAACAACUCCAGCUUGCACCAAGACUUCUGGAAACAACGAAUGUAGUCAGGGUGGAAAACCUGCCUCCUGGGGUGGAUGAUUACCAUCUGAAACUCUUCUUUGAAAACCCUUCCAAUGGGGGUGGAAGGGUCUCCAGAGUUGAGUGUUUCCCUGAAGAGAGUUCAGCGCUGGUUGAGUUUUGUGACAGCAAAGUGUUAGACAUCAUCAUGGCCAAGACACACAAUUACAACAAGAUGCCACUGUCCGUAUUUCCCUAUUAUCCCUCUCUGGGUACAGCCUUAUAUGGUGAGGAGAAGCCUCUGGUCAAGCUUCCAGCAUCUUUCCAGGAGUCUCUUGACCUUCCUUUGUGGAAGUUCUUUCAGAAACAUAAUCAUCUGAUCGAGGAGAUAAAUGAUGAAAUGAGGCGCUGCCACUGUGAGCUGAAAUGGUCUGAAAUCAAUGGUAAACUGACCAUCAGACCCGCUGCCUCCUUAGUCAGUCAUAGACCGAGCAUCAAGACCUGGCAGAGAGAUGCAACCGCAGCGCUCUCUGGCAUCAAGUCUAAAUACAAAGUGGAGUUGUUUGAAGUGUGCUCGCCAGUAUGGGACAUCAUAAAGCGUGAGUUAGAGUCAGGAGAUGACAGGGUCUUGGUUGAGUUUGAAAAGGAGAAUCUACACGUAGCAGGAAAAUCAGAAGACAUUCAAGGCAUUAGCCAGAAAAUCAGGGAACUAAUAGAGAGUACCACUGAAAAGCUCAGAAGGGAAGAGCAGAGUCUGAAGGAGAAAGUGGCCAUUUCCCCGGGAAGGCACUAUCUUUUGCACCACAGUGGCUUCCUGAAGGAUCUAAGCCAAGAGUACCCAGACAUGGAAAUCUCUUAUGAUGCCACGGCCCAGUUCCUGUGCUUCAAGGGCUUCCGUGCAGAUGUGUACAAAGUAAAGUGUGACAUCCAAGAAAAGGUGUAUUCCAUGGUUCAAAAAGAUGUCCAGGUUUCUUCUGAAGUCUUGGCCUUUCUGCAGCAAGUAGACAGUCAGAGCCUCUCCAAGACUCUGUUUGAGGCUCAGAACAUUCUUGCCACAUACGAGCUGAGAGGUACAGACCUUUUCUUAAUUGGAAGUUCUUUCAAAGAUCUGGAGGAAGCCAAGGAAAAAAUGCUCAAUGCUUUAAGUCAUAAGCACAUUGAAGUUGAGGACAAGGAGGCUCUGAGAGGUAAUGUGUGGAAGAAGAAAGUUCACCCUCUGCAAAAGAGACACAGCUCGUGUGCAACCAUUAUGGUCAAGAAUGAAUUGACUUCAGGAGCCCCGGCUGAGGUCAUUGUUGCAGGCUGCAUGAAAGAAGUGAAUGAAAUCCAUAAGCAGCUUUUUGAGUAUUUGGAAAACAAGAUGAAAGUUGAAAGAGUUAUUAAAAUCAAACCGUCCUUGAUUAUUGACUAUUUAAGGACAGACAAGAAGCUAUUGUCAAAGAUAAAGAAGGCAAAUGUGUAUAUACAUUUUAAGCCUACAGACAAUCCAAACAGCAUUUUGCUAACUGGCUUCAAGAGCAAAGUUCUAGAGUGCAUGAAUGUAGUCAAGGAAAUCCAGGAUUCAGUCUGUGUCAAAACAUUCCAGACUGACAAAGCUGGUGCCAGGCACUUCUUCCAGGAUAAAGAACCAUAUUACAAAACAGAGAUCAGACGCCUGUAUGGAUGCAUCAUUGAAAUGGAGGAGGAUAAAGAGGACGAGGGUGAAGAGGAGGAGGAAGACAGUAUUAAGAAGCAGAAGUGCCACUUACAGCGGGACAUAGCCCCCGGAGUCAAACUGAUGGUCCACGAGGGAGACCUGAGUCAGUUUCCUGUCGAUGUGAUAGUGAAUGCAGCAAAUGAACAUCUGAAGCACAUCAAUGGUCUCGCAGAGUCUCUCUCAAAGGCAGCUGGCCCAGGAUUCCAAGCAGAAUGUGACCAGAUAGUAAAAGAGGGCGGCACCGUCCUACCUGGCAAUGUUGUUAUCUCAAAAGCAGGCAAGCUCCCUUGUCGCCAUGUCAUCCAUGCAGUAGGGCCUCGAUGGAAGGGAGAUAAGGUCCUGGAGUGUGUGAACCUGCUGAAGAAAGUUGUGAAACAAAGUCUCACUUUAGCUGAAGAGUACAAGUGCCGGUCCAUAGCCAUGCCAGCGAUCAGCUCUGGAAUCUUUGAUUUUCCCUUAGAACUGUGUGUGGCAACCAUUGUUUCAGCCAUCAAGGAAAACUUCCAGCAUAAGCAAGACAGACACACCGUGAAAAAGAUUUACCUGGUGGGCCUAUCUGCAAAGGUUGCCGGGGCCUUUGCUGAAGCUGUCAAGACUACCUAUAAAGACCUGCUUCCCCACACAGCUUCUCCAUCUACUUUAAAAGCAUUAGUACCACUUGAGAAAACGCCCCAGAAACAGGGCAAUCUGCUGGUGUCUCCAGAAGGCCUGAGAAUUCGCCUGAUAGAAGAAAAAGUGCAGAAUGCUAAGACCCAUGCCGUUGUGAACUCUAUUUCCUCGGAUCUUAUACUCAACCAAGGACCCCUUUCUCAGGCCUUCUUGGAAAAGGCUGGGCCAGAACUCCAGGAGGAAUUGACCAAGGCAGGACAAGGGGUCUCUGUCAAUGUGGGCACAAUUCUUCAAACCAGUGGCUGUAAUCUCAACAGCCGCCACGUCUUCCAUGUGGUGACUCCACAAUGGAAAAGCAACAACAGUGCGUGGUCACUAAAGGUCAUGAAAAACAUCAUUCGCGACUGCCUGAGGACCACCGAGGACCUGUCUCUACAAUCGAUUGCAUUCCCAGCAAUAGGAACGGGAAAUUUGGGGUUUCCUAAACCUGAAUUUGCUAAAUUAAUAAUUUCAGAAGUGCUCAAAUUUAGUAGCAGGAACAAACUGAAAACUUUACAAGAGGUUCAGUUUCUGCUGUACCCAAAAGACCAUGAAAACAUUCAGGCAUUUUCAGAUGAAUUUGACAAAAGGAAUAAUGGAGAUCCUAGUGAUGAAAACUCCAAGGCUGAAGACACACAAGGUGUCUAUGGGAGUCUUUCCAGCCCUACUUUAGGAAUGCAUGAAAUGAAUAUUGGCCCAAUCCUCUUCCAAGUGGCUACUGGGAACAUCAUCAAAGAAGUGACAGAUGUGAUUGUUAAUUCAACAUCCAUCACAUUUAAUCUCAAAUCAGGGGUCUCCAAAGCAAUUUUGGAAGGUGCAGGACCAAAUGUGGAGCAAGAAUGUUCUCUCUUGGCUCAACAGGGUAAGCAUGAGUAUAUAGUCACUGGAGGUGGAUUAUUGAAAUGUAAGAAUAUUAUUCAUGUUGUUGGUGGGAAUGAUGUCAAGAAAUCAGUUUCCUGUGUUUUGAAAGAAUGUGAACAACGGAAUUACUCAUCUGUCUGCCUACCAGCUAUUGGUACAGGAAGUGCUCAACAGGACCCAAAUGUAGUAGCGAAAGCGAUAAUAGAUGCCAUUGAAGAAUUUGUCCAGAAAAAAUCAGUGCAGGCCCUGAAGAGAGUUAAAGUUGUUAUCUUCCAACCCCAUAUCCUGCAAUUUUUUUAUAACAACAUGAAAGAAAGAGAAGGCUCUCCAGCUCCUCUGAAGCAGUCACCUGCCAAGCAGUCAAUGAUGUCUAAGAUUGUCUCCUUUUUUGGCUUUCCCAAGCCAGCUUCCCCCCAAAAGAACACCCUGGUUUUGGAAAAGAAAAUAGAGCUCACAGUUUUCCAGGUAUGUGGUUCAGGUGUAGACAGUGUGGACAAAACAAUCUCCUGGCUAAAGAAUCUGAUUACCAAAGAGCAGCUUUCCUACACCAGUGACGAUGAGUGUCUCAGAGACUUUGACAUCGAGGAGUACAAGAAACUGAAUGAGAUGCAGAAGAAGCUGAACAUCACCAUUGAGCUGAACCAGAAGAAACCUUCGAUUGAAGUCUCGGGAAUUAGCAGAGACGUGGUAGAAGCUAGAGAUGAGAUUGACGGCAUGAUCAAGAGCAUUCGAUUGGCUAAAGAAAAGGAAAACCAGGCAGACUAUGUCUCUACAUUUGUGGAAUGGCAAUAUAUUGAUAAUAACAUCACACAGUGUUUUGACAAAAUACCCAACAUGCAAUUGGAGGAUGCGUGGAAAGCAAAGAAGAAGAACACGGUUGUCAAAAUUCAUAAUCAGGACUUCACGGUGGACUUGAGCACAAAUAUAGCCACAGCUUCCCAAGGACAGAGUUUCACUGUUCAGCGCCGCGUCAAAGCUGAAGCUGAAAUCCCUGCCAAUUGGAGUGACAUGAAGCAGAACACAUUGCUUGUGGUGAGCCUGCAAACCGGCGAUCCUGAAUACAACAUGGUGGCAAGCGCCUUCCGUCAGACCUGCUCCAACUUUGUCAUAGAGAAGAUUGAAAGGAUUCAGAAUCCAGCUCUUUGGAGUAGGUACCAGGCAUUCAAAAAAGUUAUGGAUGAAAAGAAUGGCAAUGUAAGAAAUGAGAAGCAUCUCUUCCAUGGAACGGAGGCUAUCUCUGUGCCACAGCUCAACAGUAAUGGAUUUAACCGCAGCUAUGCUGGGAAGAACGCUACGGCCUAUGGGAAUGGAACCUAUUUUGCUGUCAAUGCUUCGUAUUCUGCCAAUGACACAUAUUCCAGACCAGAUGUCAAUGGGAGAAAGCAUAUGUAUUAUGUGCGGGUUCUCACUGGAAACUACACAAAUGGAAACUCAUCACUGAUUGUGCCUCCUUCAAGGAACCCUCAAAAUGCUACUGACUUGUACGACACUGUCACAGAUAAUUGUAAAAGUCCAAGUAUAUUUGUAGUGUUUUAUGACAACCAAGCAUACCCUGAAUAUCUUAUCACAUUUAGGCGGUAACACUUUGGGGUGCCUUCCGAAAGACAUCGGGUGUUCAUGUAUCUGCCGUAAGACAAAUGUUAGCUGUUUUUCUCCUUAAGCUUUCUCUAAGAGCACAAGGUCUUUCUUUGCCAUGGACAUGUUUCCUCAGCUGCUCCUCCAUAGUGAAACGAAUCUACUUGAGAGCCAAACACUUGAGAAUUUAAAACAGGUAACAGCUGUAACUGCGUUCACAAAUACAAACCUCGAAUCUGUGGAAAAGAACAGACUUUUAUGUUCUGGAGGGACAGUAACCCCUUUCUGCACGUCCAGAAAGCCCCACGAUCCCAGCCGCCACCAGUGGAAUCGUGUCAGAGCGCCACCGUGUUGUGGGACCCAGUACCACUGAGCCAAGCUUCCUGGCUGCCAACCGAACAGAUUCCAAGACAGACAACUUCGUUCUUCGCUCACAGAGCUGUGUUGUGUGGGUUCGACGGCUCCAGCCAGGGUUAUGUACCAACUGGGUAUUGGCGUGUGGUUCUGGGUCUGUGAGAACUGAACUGAGCCCCACCCCCAAUCCCCAAAGAGAGGCACAGCUCAAACCCUGGCCCCAACUGCCAGUGGGCCCUUUUAAUGUUGACACCAGUAUUCAGCCUACUGAGGGAAGAAAUGGGAUCGUGCCUGCUACCUCUCUAGUGGUAACUGGUCUUCUACUGUGUGAAAAUGAGUCAACUCUAAGGGUAUCUAUCGGCUAGCAUCUUUCCUGUGGCAGGCCAGCUUGUGGUAACUUGAAAGCUUUAUGUAUAAGUCAGUCAUUCUGAUAACUUACUACCAGUAUCUGUUGGAUGCGAAUUAUUUCUUGUGGUGCCAGAGAUUACCCAGGGUCUCACACGAGCCAGGCAAGCACUCUACCCCUGGACUAUAUUCCCAGCCCUCUUGUUUUGACGCAGGAUCCCACUAAGUCACCCUAGCAAGGCUUGAACUCAUUAUCUUCCUGCUUUGGCUACUUAUUGGUGGUAGUGGUGGGAGGUUGUGCUUAAGUUAUUCUUUUAAUUUCCUCCUGUACAUUUCAGACUCAAUGCUAUUUAUUGAGUGCCUGGACCUUUACCAGGUAGAAUAAGAGGUGUGUUAACAUACAUGAUUUUCUUCCCAUCAACAGUGCUUUGCAAGAAUUAUUCCAUUAUUUCAAGGCUUAGGAACAUGCUCAGAGUACAAGACAUGGUCUUGCCUGAGGUCACUGAGGCAGGAACUGCAGAGGCAGCCAACUGAGCCUGCCAACUGAGCCUGGUCUUGAGAUAAGCGUGUGCUUGCUGCUUCAGAAGUUAUCUCGGGUGGUCUGUAAGGCAAACCCAGAUUUCCUUGUUUUCUAGGCCAUGGAGCUCAUGCCGUGUAAUGUUCCCAGAUGGUACACUCUAGAUGUUGGGGGGAUUAAUGUGCUGGUUCCCACCACAGGCAUCACCAGUGGACUUCAAGCAGAGAGAGGGGCCCCCAUUGUUGUCCCAUUGACACGGAGGCCUUGAGACCCUGGCUGCUAUGUCUAAGUGGACUGGCAGAGACUGGCUUGAGAGGGGGCUUCCUCAGCAGUGCCACUAAGGAUGGCCUGAAGAGAUGGGAGGAAAGGGCGACACUUGUUUUCAUUUGCUUUUUUCCUCCAGUGGUUUGGUUAACCCAGGACUAGGCUGAAUGAUAGUGGGAUGUUACAUUGAAGAAUAAAGACCCAGCUAAGAAAUGUUAUUACAGUCACUGUCAGUCAAAGUAAAUACACCAUUGUCAUUUUCUUCACUUCCUAGUAAAGUUACAUAAUUACA